GUGGCGGAGCCGCUCCAAUAGCGGGUGCCCGCUCCCUGUCAAUCCGGGGCCGGAGGGCCGGGCUGGGGGCGGCAGAGCGGGGCAGUUCCCGAGCCAGGGCUCCGCUGGCCGCGGCGUGUGCAGCCGCUGCCCCGUGCGCCCGGCCCGAGCCCGCGGCCCCCCGCCGGACUCAUGGCCUCCGGGGCGUGCUGCGGGGUGCUCCGCGGCUUCCUCUUCGAGUACAACACCCCCCGCAUCGUGCUGAUCAAGAGCCGCAAAGUGGGGCUGGUGAACCGGGCGGUGCAGCUGGCCAUCCUGGCCUACGUGAUCGGCUGGGUCUUUGUGUGGGAAAAGGGCUACCAGGAAACAGACUCUGUGGUCAGUUCUGUUACCGCCAAAGUGAAGGGAAUAACCAUGACGAACACGUCGGAGUUGGGACUCCGGGUCUGGGAUGUGGCUGAUUAUGUUAUUCCACCUCAGGGGGAGAAUAUGUUGUUCAUCAUGACAAACCUGAUAAUCACACUGAAUCAGACACAAGGCUAUUGUCCUGAGCUUCCAGAUAAGACAACUGUGUGUAAUUCCAGUAAGGACUGUUCUGCAGGAUACGUAGGCACCCACAGCAAUGGAGUCCAGACUGGGAAGUGUAGGGAAUACUCCACCUCUGUCAAAACCUGUGAGAUCUAUGCGUGGUGUCCCGUGGAGAAUGACACACGUUUACCUAAGCCGGCUUUCCUAAAGGAUGCUGAGAACUUCACCAUUUUGGUGAAGAACAAUAUCUGGUAUCCCAAGUUCAACUUCACCAGGCGAAACAUUCUGCCCUCUGUCAGUACCACUUACCUCAAGACCUGCAUUUACGACCCUAAAACGGAUCCCUUCUGCCCAAUCUUCCGAGUCCGUCAAAUAGUUGAAGCUGCAGGGCAGAAUUUUCAAGAGAUGGCUGUUGAGGGUGGAGUAAUGGGAGUGCAGAUCAACUGGAACUGUGACCUUGACAAACCUGCUUAUUACUGUGUGCCAGAAUACACCUUCCGUCGCCUUGACAGCAAGGAUGGCAACCACAAGGUCUCACCUGGAUAUAAUUUCAGGUUUGCAAAAUACUACAAGGACGCAAGUGGCACUGACUCGCGGACACUAAUUAAAGCUUACGGCAUCCGUUUUGAUAUCAUGGUGUUCGGAAAGGCAGGAAAAUUUGAUAUAAUUCCUACAAUGAUUAACAUUGGCUCUGGACUAGCACUGUUUGGAGUGGCAACAGUCCUGUGUGACAUCGUGGUUCUGUACUUCAUGAAGAAGAGAUAUUACUACAGAGAGAAGAAAUACAAAUACGUAGAAGAUUAUGAACUGGGAGCCAGUGAGACCUAUGGAACACAAUCGUGACAGUGGUGGUGCUGCAGCGAAUGUUUUUCUGCUUCAUGGAAAGCCAGUAACACAAGGCUGCAGGCUUCCCUUCCUGGAACGGGGUUAAUCGAGCUGCCCUCUCCACGUGGAAAGAGAAACUUCCCUCAUUACUUUACGGCUGACAAACAUUGGCCACAUAAAACAGUGCAUUCUUGUUCCGUGUCGCUGACAAACGAGGGAAAAUUCUGAAGUUGUUACUAGUUGGUCGAAUUCUGGCUACGGUAAACAAACGUACAGAUCAGGACUUGUAUGCCAAACUUUCAUGGAAAGUGUCUCAGCAGCUGAGUAAGUUUCCCCUUACUUCUCGAGACUAACUUCUUAUAUCCCCAUAUCCUCUAGAAAGCCCCCUGGAGGGGCCAGUCACCCAGAGCUACCUCUUUGCUAGGGGCAUAGGCAGUUGGCCCAGGAUGAGAGGGUUGAGAUGAGUGACAUUAAGUGGGGGAAGGGUAGCUGCCCUCCCUUGAGGUUACUUGUUGGGGGGAGAGCCAGGCCCCUCUUUGCUGUGGUGAACUUGGUCGCUAAUCUUCCCCUCAGGCCUGAAGAGCAUCUAGCUAUAGCGUGAUGGCAAUAAAAUGCAUUUCCUUCCUGUGAGGGCAAGUCAACAGGUUACCCCUCGUCUAUCUGAGCUUCAGGAGCCUAGAGUAGGAGAAUGAAGCUCUCUCUGGGUCUCCUGCAUUCGAGUAAGUGGCUGAUGCAUUUAUAAAGAGGCUUCUUCUUUUCUGGUCCUCUUAAAAUUCAGUGUUUGUAAGGAAGGAAAAGGAUGACAAUGCUGACAGCACUUGGGAAUAUUGGCAUCUCCACUCAUUGUAAACACACAAAUUAUAUCGAAUAAACUUUCUUCUAAGUGA